AGCGCGGAGCGGGACAGCGCGCAUCGGGAGGUCGCCAUGGGCUCCACCCUGCGCUGCGCGCUGCUGCUCUGCCUGUGCGCCGCCGCCUCCUGCACACCCCAGACCCUCCCCAGGACCCUCUCCCGGACCCUGGCCCACCCCCUCUCCCAGACCCGGACCAGGACCCCCCAGAGCUGUCUCAGCAAACAGCAGCUCCUGGCUGCCAUCCGCCAAAUGCACCAGUUUUUAAAGGGCCAGGAGACCCGCUUCGCAGAGGGCAUUCGCAGCAUGAAGUCCCGGCUCACGACCCUGCAGAACUCGGUGAACAAAGCCAUCCCGGACCCCCCGACCGUCUCCUGUCCUGCCCUGGAAGCCCCGCCGGACGGCCGGAAGUUUGGGAGCAAAUACACCGUGGAUCACGAAGUCCAUUUCGCCUGCAACCCCGGCUUCCAGCUGAUUGGGCCCAGCAGCCGGCUCUGUCAGGAAAAUGGCAGCUGGAGCGGGGAGGGGCCCCGUUGCCAAGAUAUCCGAGAAUGUGCCAGCCACCCCUGUCAGAAUGGCGGGACUUGUGUGGAGGGAGUGAACCAGUAUGCUUGCACCUGUCCACAGGGCUGGAGCGGGACCCACUGCCAGGACCAAGCUCAAACAGCCGCGCCGGAAUGGAGCACGACCGACGACCCGGCCUUCAGCCGCAGGCCACGCUGUGCCAAGGUGGACCAAGCCCAGCACUGCAGCUGCGAGGCGGGCUUCCACAUGAGUGGCCCGCCUGACAACAGCAUUUGCCAAGAUGUGAAUGAGUGCGAGGUGUUCAAGCAGGAUGGGGCCUCCCGGCUGUGUAUGCACAGCUGCGUCAACAUCCCCGGCUCCUACCGCUGCUCCUGCCCUAGCGGAUACCGGACGCUGGCCGACGGGAAGAGCUGUGAAGAUAUAGACGAGUGUGCGGGUUCCCAACAUGCUUGUGCCCGGGGUACCAUCUGCAUCAACACCGGAGGCAGCUUUCAGUGCGUCAGCCCCGAGUGUCCCAAGACCAGCGGCAACGUCAGCUACGUGAAAACGUCCCCGUACCAAUGCGAGCGCAGCCCCUGCCCGAUGGACAGCAGACCGUGCCACCACGCCCCGAAGACCAUCUCCUUCCACUACCUCGCCCUGCCCUCCGGCCUGAAGACUCCGGUCACCCUGUUCCGCAUGGCCACGGCCUCCCCGCCCGGACGCCCGGGGCCCGACAGCCUGCGCUUCGGAAUCGUGGGAGGGAACGGCCGCGGGCAUUUCGUCAUGCAGCGUUCGGACCGGCAGACGGGGGAACUGAUCCUGGUGCAGAGCCUCCGGGGGGCCCAGGUGCUCGAGGUGGACGUGGACAUGUCCGAGUACCUGGACCGCACGUUCCAGGCCAACCACGUGUCCAAGAUCACGGUGUUCGUGUCGCCCUACGACUUCUAGGGCGCGCGGAGCGGCGCGGCCUCUCCUUCCUCGAGGACGGGCACUGGACGUGGAUUCUCCCCAAGACCGGGGCUCGCCGGGCCCCUCCGGGCCCAGCCCGGAGAGCCCGGCUCCGGCCCGGACUCCCCCUGCUCUCGGCCCGCCUUCCGCUAGAUCGCUCACUCGGCUUCUCAAGUCUUUCUCUCUCUUCGAGGUGCUCAGCUGGGGACGACCUGAGCGGGGCCGAGCCCCCGUCGGCGAAGAUUUUGAAGGGGCUCCCGAAGCAUAUUCCUGCCGGCCUUUUAAUCCUCGGGGCACAAGGCUGGUCAACUCCCAACCCCCCGCCGAGGGGAAAUGGUUCUGCCGGGCCAUGGCCAAGGGCAGGUGCUACCCUUGUUCAGCUCCAGCUGGCCACUUUGCCAUGGGAAAGUUCUAGAGACUGACAUUUCCAGUCUCCCCCAUUCCUUCUGGGAGCCUAGAUCAAUCCAUCGAUGGUAUUUAUUGAGCGCUUACUGUGUGUAGAGCCCUGUACUAAGUGCUUGGGAGAGUGCACUAUAUCAAAAAGCAGGCUCAUUCCCUGCUCUCAAGGAAUUUACCGAUGGGAGGAAGUCUGACUGAUCAGAAUGGGCAGGGAGCCUGGGCAGGCAAGGAUGGGUAGCCAGCAGUGAGGUGUCUCCUAAUCUGAUCGGCAAACAGUCUUCCCUCUAUGCCAGACUCCAGCGUCAGGGCGGGGCGAAAUAUCCGGAGGCUGGAGCCUGCCAAGAGAUCUGAGCCUCAGUGUGGCCAGUAGCCACUUAGUCAGUGAGCUCUCCCCCUACCAAACCUCCCUAACCCCUGGAGGUUUUUCUCCAUUAAAGCCUCCUGCAGGGACUCAAAAUCCAAAUCCCAAUUCCGAGGUUCUCACUGUCCUUGGGGAGGCCUAAGCGAAUUCCCCUGCCCCGGCUUCCAGGAAUCUCACACCUUCCUAUGCCUCUCAGCCUGCCAGGGGAGGUGUCGAUUGUCUGUAAAGAAAGAAGACUCCACGUUCUUUAAAUCACAGCAACUGCCAAGAGGAGCUGCAGGUGCGGCCCAGAAAUUUGGCCGGUGCAGGGAGGAGGCUUGGAAGGCACCUGGGAGGUUUUUGGCAGUGAAGCCGGGAGGGAACCAAGGCCAGAAAAGUGCCAGGAAGAGUGUCGGGGGGUAGUUGGGUGACUGGGGGGAGGAUUGAGCCUUUUGAGACCUCCUGGCUUCCUCUUGGGACUGGCGGUGGUAUGGACUUGCUCUUGGAGAGUAUGUGGGAAGCGCUCCUUGGGGCAGAAGCAAACAAUCCAUCAGCGAUAUUUAUCGAGCACUCAGGGCUGGGGUGAGUCCAAUAGAACAGAGUCGGUUGACAUGUUCCCCGCCCGGAAAGAGCUUCCUGUCUGGAAGCAGCCGCGGGAUACUUUAAGCACUGGGUUGGGGCAAAGUGGGGAUAGAUUCCCCCAGCUGAGACCUAGCUAGAGGGCACCGUGUCUUUCCAAGAUCUCUCUUUUAGAUUUGGUGGAGCGGUCAGGUCUGGAUCUGGAAAGGCGCGGACCUGAUAGGGUGGGAUGAUCCUCUUCUCUCUGCUGACCGGUCCAGUGGCUCCCCCCUCCCGGGGGCAUUCUAGAGCUGACUCCCUCUUCCACUGGCUCACACGGUCAGUCUCAGAGAGACUUGAAGGGGCCUAAGCUGUCAAGGGCAGGAAAGUGGCGAGGAAAUGGCCCUAUGUCGUCUGGAUGCCGUCUCGAGGGGCAGAUGUGGGAUGUGUUUGCUUUCGAGGAGUCAGAUGCUGGAAGCCCUUUCCUCUGAGAAGCUGUUUAAGGUGCAUGGCAGCCAUCUUCCUGACCCAGAGGCCUUCAACAACCUUCCCCCAAGCCCAGACACACGCACACACAUUUUUCUUGCCCCACCGCACUUCCCUCACAAACCCAAACGCUUUCCAACCCCGGGCUUUCAACGUCCGCUCUGCAGGGCCUCUGAGGGAAUUUCUAACAGGUCAGAGUCUUUCUGGGAUUCCUGCCACGUUGAAGGCUCCAGUUCUGGCCCAGCUCUCCCAGGCCGAUCGGAGCGUCAUGGACUAUCUAGCGCUACGACUGCAUCCACUGAGGGCCCCUGCCUUUUCUGGAAACCACAUUCCGCUGGAUUACGGACCUGGCGCCGUCAGCGACUGCUUUGGAAAUUGCCUUCUCUCCCUUUGGACCAAUCGCCUAGAGCCUCGUGACCGUAUUGCUGGGCCCCGGCAGAGGCGAAAUCUUUCCCAGAACCUGCUUCCCAGGCUCUCCCGGCUUUCCGGGCCUCAGGUACAGCUCAGCCUGCUUCUUUGGGGCUCUGGAGUAAACCCGUGCUGAUAAUCUCCCGAAAUUCUAGUGCCUCUGAGGAGGUGACCUUUCCUCACCAAUAGAGGAACUGGGCAACCCUUUCUGGGGAUUUCUGGACUGAGGUGAGCAAUCCAGCCUGCUUAUGGUCAUGAAUUUCCACCCUUGGGAUCAAUCAAUCAAUGGUAUUUGUUGAGCGCUACUUUGUGCAGAGGUCCGAACAAAUCCCCUGGGAGAGUACAGUAUGGUUAGUAAGACAGGACUCCUGCCUUGGAGGAACAUGCAAUCUAAUUUUUAGCUACUUUAGCGACCCCCUCCUAACUGUAAACUUCUUUGGGGCUUGGAACGUGUUUACCGGCUCUGUUGUACUCUCCCAAGUGUUUAGUACGGUGCUCUGCACCCAGUAAGUGCUCAAUAAGUACCACUGAUUGAU